AAAUCAAAACUUAUCAACUGCGGGAGUGCAAACUUUGAACUUGAAUAAAAGUUGAACGGUAAAAGCUAGGAUUCCGUAAAUCAUUGCAUCAUGUAGAGCGUGAAAUAUAGAUAAUCUUACACUGCUAAAACAUUCAUGUGCCCACUCAAGUUUUCUUCAAUUUUAGUUUAAACAAAAAUACAAAUUGACGUUUUGUUAACAAACAUUACUGUAAAUCGUAGAAUAUUUUCCCUUCGUAGAAAACGCGGAUACUUGGCGAUAAGUUUUCAACGAGUUUGUACGAAUAGCCUAGCACACCGAAUUUCUUCGCGUGUGAAAAAAAUGACCGAUAAAAGUACACCAAGACGCAGCUGGUCUCCGACACCGGAGCAUCUGAAAGAAGCCGCGGACCUCAUCGAAAUCGCGGAAUAUGAAGAUGCGAUCGAAAAACGAUGUCAACGAAAGAAGAUGUCCAAUCCUGCACCGGACGCUAGUGUUAUUACUGGAGAUGCAUUAAAAAUAUUUAAUCUAGAAAACCGCCUCCGUGAAAUGGAGACUGCAAAUGACAUGCUGUUUGCUAACCUAGAAGCUUGCGUCCGAGAAAAACACCGUUAUCGAAAAAAAUAUGAGUAUGCAAAAGACGAGUUGAGUAAAUCUGAAACUAUGAAGCUCAGUUAUGAGAAAGUUCUCCGCAUCAUCGGCGUGCGAUUUAAACUCGAGAAUUUCGUGGAUAAAAACUACCCAUUGAGAGAGAACAAAAAAACCGGCGAGAUUGUUUACGGAAAACCUGACUCAUCGUAUUGUGAUGCGCUCAACGAGAUGUUGGUAUCCAAGGAUGAUAGGUUCACUAAAGAUGCAUUCAUCGUAAUGAUCCGGCAACGAUUGAUCGACAAUAAAGUGAAUUCGGCUGUCUUCAUGAAAUUUGCACGUUGGCUCUACAGCCAGUUUAGUGACGAAGCGUGUCACAGAAUGGCACAAUUUUGUCCGCCAUUACCUAAAUUUAAUGACGAUAAAGGAAUAUCGGAAAUGUUAGAAUCGGUUGAAAUUGAUGAAGACGUACCGUCUGUCAUAUGUAUAAAAAUUAUUUUACAACCGCUAGAUUUACCAGCAAUCUCUCCCUAGAUUUAUUAGAUUUUUAGAUAAAAUUUUGUUUUUUUAUUUUGGGAGUGAGUAUUUUUGAACAAAUCUAUCUGCCCAUUUACGAGGUCAAGUCAAUAUUUGAAUGUAAAAUUUCCUUUAAUUGAAUUUAUCUACGUGUUGAUGUGAUAAUUGUAGAAUUGUGAUAUUAGUCUGUAGUUGAAUUUCAACUUCAUUUUUCUCUUCGUACAUAUCUAUCAAGUAUCAAUCUUUCUAAUAACCGUUGAGUAGGUAGGUACUUAGGUAGUUUUUUUUAAAUUAUUCAUUUUCACCUUCUAAAUAAAAAAUGACGUGAAUAUUGAA